AUGGAUUUUUGUCUCCCUUGUUUCCUUGCAUUUCUCCUCACGGGAGGGGUGCUUGCAAGGAGAAAUGGAGGUGAUGCUAGCUUUGAUCAGAAUUAUGAUAUCACCUGGGGAUAUGAUCAUGUCAAAUCCCUUAAUGAAGGAAGGCAGAUUCAGCUCUCGUUAGAUCAUUCUUCUGGUUCUGGAUUUGGUUCCAAGCUAGGAUUUGGUUCAGGAUUCAUUAACAUGAGGAUAAAGCUACCAGGAAAGGAUUCUGCAGGAGUUGUCACGGCAUUCUAUCUAACUUCACACAGUAAUAAUCACGAUGAGCUCGACUUUGAGUUCCUGGGCAACAGGGAAGGGAAGCCUAUCACACUACAGACAAAUGUGUUUGCAAAUGGUCGAGGGAAUAGAGAGCAAAGGAUGCAUCUUUGGUUCGACCCAGCUGCUGACUUCCACUCUUACAAAAUCUUGUGGAACCAAUAUCAGAUUGUAUUUUAUGUGGAUGAUACUCCCAUAAGAGUGUUCAAGAACCACACGAAUAUUGGAGUCAGCUACCCUUCACAGCCAAUGCAAAUAGAGGCAAGCUUGUGGAAUGGAGAAAGCUGGGCAACAGACGGAGGCCAUACAAAGAUUAAUUGGAGCCAUGCACCAUUUCAAGCUCAUUUCCAAGGAUUUGACAUUAAUGGCUGCUCAGAUCAUCAACAACCAAACGUUCAGCCAUGUUAUUCGACCAGCUACUGGUGGAAUACCCGAAAGUACUGGACACUGGACUCUGCCCGACAAAGGGCAUAUGAGAAUGUCAGGAAGAAGUAUUUGACUUAUGACUAUUGUUCUGAUAGGCCCAGGUACCCUACACCUCCCCCAGAGUGCCCUCAAUAAGAGCACAACGUUUGGUGACGAUUAAUUUGUCAUAUUUAUGUAUAAGCUGUAAAAAAAAAAGAA